AUGGCCGAGGCAUUAGACGCGUCUCCCCGAUCCAAGGCGGGCUGGUUGGCACGACUGGUCAAGAGAGGGGCAGGGGCAGCUGCCACAAGCAGCCAGGCCCUUCCCCCCCUAGAGCAAAAGGCGUCGCCAAAGGGAUCCAAGAAGGAUUCAGUCAGCGGAGUGGCUGACAUUCGGGCAGGCAGUUUCACGUCCACCGCGGGCGGGUUGGCAGACAAGCAAGCGCCAGCCAAGCAGGCAGCCAAGCAGCAAUUGAGGAGCACCAAGUCUAUGACCUCAGGAGCAUCUGGGGGUAUGCUGGGCGACUGUGCAAGUGGGUCAUGGCACAGCAUCACCGAAUUCGCGAGCAGAAAGGAGAUUGGGCGAGGCCGAAACUGCAUCAUCCUGUCUGCGGUGUGCACCAAGACCAAGAUGAAGGUGGCCAUCAAGGCGUAUGACAAGAAGCAGCUGACGCCCAACAGCCAGACACACAUUAAACGCGAGGCCACCCUGCUCAAGCCCAUCAAGCACCCGUCGAUCUGCCAAUUCUACGGGGCCUUCGAGGACGCGACGUUCAUCUACAUCGUGAUGGAGCUGUGCAGCCGUGGCGAUCUGAUGGAGAUGCUGGUCGGCGAGUACGGCGUCGGGAAGCUGUCCGAAGAGCGCGCCGUCCAAAUGGUCAUGGUCCCGCUGCUCUCCGCGCUCAAGGCCAGCCACGCGCUCGGGGUCGUGCACAGGGACAUCAAGCCGGAGAACUUGUUUUUAGACUCGGAGGGCAACGUGAAGCUGGGCGACUUCGGGCUGGCGAUCGACCAGAGCAAGGAGCGGCCCAAGAGCCGCAUCGGCACGCUGGACUACAUGGCGCCCGAGAUCUUCCUCAAGUCGUGGCAGUACGAACAGUUCGGCAGCUCCGACCCGAGCGCCAAGUACGACGAAAUGGUGGACAUCUGGGCAUGCGGCGUGCUGGCGUAUGAGGUGACGGCGGGCGAGGCCCCGUUCGACGCGGCGAAGCACGGCAAAGAGACGCGCGAGCUGAUCCUGUACCACGAGGUGCCCAUCAAGGGCAAGGCCUUCCCGCCGGGGGCCAGCAAGGAGUGGCUCGACUUCAUCAAGAUCACAUUGCAGAAGAAGCCCGAGCUGCGCCGUUCCGCAGAGGAGUUGCUGCACCACCCGUGGAUCUUGAAGCACUCCAAGAGCGCGGCGCCCGCCGCGCCGCCGCCGCGGCCGCUCGUGCUGGACCCUAUUGCGAGCAGCCCACCGUCCAGCCAGCCCUCCAGCCCGACCGCCGCGGCCGCGUCCGCGGCUGCGAGCGCACCCACCAGCCCGAGCACGCCCUCCGCGGCGCACUCGGUGUCGCGCUUUGCCAAGGAGUCAGUUGGGACGACGUCGUUGAAUGGCCGGUCGACGAAGCCGUCCGUUUUGAGCAUCAGCAUCGAGUCCGAGGACGCUAGCCGCGACAGCGGCGGCAGCCAGCCGGGGAGCCCUCUCAGCAGCGGACCCAGCAGCCCCCUCGGCAGCCCACUCGGCAGCCAAAAGGCGCGCAAGAGCGCGCUCGGCCGAGUCAAGACGGCCAACCUGGACAUGACGCCCAAGUUCCAGCCCUCCACGCCCACCCAGAUUAACACGCAACGCGGCAACAGUCAGUUCUCUGCCUUUGACAAGGCGCUCGAGCAGGCAGAAAAGCCGUGGGCGAUUGACGGCAACGACUCGCCCGUGAGUUCGCUGCCCAACAGCCCCGUGACCAAGGUCCGGAAAGAGCCCCCCCACUGGCAACGGAGCUCGUGGAACGGCGACAAGGCUGCCGACGAAUAG